CCGCGGAGGGAGGGGUGAGUGGCUACUCGCGGGGCUGGAGGUGGGGGCCGCUCCCGCUGGGAUCCGGCUCUCCGCGCCUGCCGGCUUCUGUUUGUCCUCUGCAGCGGCGCUGUUGCGGUCGGUCUCGUUGCCUCGGAGCCCGGGGCUGCAGGGGCCAGAGCGAGCACGCCUCCCGCGGCCGCGGCCGCCCAGAGCAGGUAACAGUGAUGGUGCAGGGACCACCCUUUGGAAACCACUGAGAAGAGUUGAGGGGGAAUUUGAGUGCAGUGGUUAAAAACUUAGGCUUUGAAGUUUGAAAGGUCUGGAUUUGAAUCCCUGCUCUGCCACUUACUAAAUCUAUGACUUCAGGAAAACGGCCUGUGCGAUAUAUAAAUCCUGGUAGGCAGCGUGGCUGCACGCCGUGGAGCUGGAAUUCCCUGUGGGAGAGCAUUUGUGCGGAGUGCGGCGUCCAGCCUGCAGCCUGCAUCAUGCCAGCCUUGUCAACAGGACCAGGGAGUGACACAGGUCUGUAUGAGCUGUUGGCUGCGCUGCCAGCCCAGCUGCAGCCACAUGUGGAUAGCCAGGAAGACCUAACCUUCCUCUGGGAUAUGUUUGGUGAAAAAAGCCUGCAUUCACUGGUAAAGAUUUAUGAAAAACUGCACUACUAUGAGAGGCAGAACCCGGUGCCCAUCCUCCACAGCGCAGCAGCCUUGGCGGAUGAUCUGGCUGAAGAGCUGCAGAACAAGCCAUUAAAUAGUGAGAUCAGAGAGCUGUUGAAACUACUGUCAAAACCCAAUGUGAAGGCUUUGCUCUCUGUGCAUGACACUGUAGCUCAGAAGAAAUAUGAUCCAGUAUUGCCUCCUAUGCCUGAUGAUAUUGAUGAUGAGGAAGACUCGGUAAAAAUAAUUCGUCUGGUCAAAAAUAGAGAACCCCUGGGAGCCACCAUUAAGAAAGAUGAGCAGACUGGGGCCAUCAUUGUGGCUAGAAUCAUGAGAGGAGGUGCUGCUGACAGAAGUGGUCUUAUUCAUGUCGGUGAUGAACUUAGGGAAGUGAACGGGAUACCAGUUGAGGAUAAAAAGCCUGAAGAAAUCAUUCGGAUUUUGGCUCAGUCUCAGGGAGCAAUUACAUUUAAGAUCAUACCCAGCAUCAAAGAGGAGACACCAUCUAAAGAAGGCAAGAUGUUUAUCAAAGCCCUCUUUGAUUAUGACCCUAAUGAGGAUAAAGCCAUUCCAUGUAAGGAAGCUGGGCUUUCUUUCAAAAAGGGAGAUAUUCUUCAGAUUAUGAGCCAAGAUGAUGCAAUGUGGUGGCAAGCGAAGCAUGAAGGUGAUGCCAAUCCCAGGGCAGGCUUGAUUCCUUCGAAGCACUUCCAAGAAAGGAGAUUGGCUCUGAGACGACCAGAAAUAAUAGUUCAGCCCCUCAAAGUUUCCAACAGGAAAUCAUCUGGCUUUAGAAGAAGUUUCCGUCUAAGUAGAAAAGAUAAGAAAACAAAUAAAUCCAUGUAUGAAUGUAAGAAGAGUGAUCAAUAUGAUACAGCUGACGUACCCACAUAUGAGGAAGUAACCCCAUAUCGGCGACAAAUGAAUGAAAAAUACCGGCUUGUUGUCUUGGUUGGUCCUGUAGGUGUAGGUUUGAAUGAACUGAAACGAAAGCUGCUGAUCAGUGAUACACAGCACUAUGGUGUGACAGUGCCCCAUACUACCAGAGCAAGAAGAAGCCAGGAGAGUGAUGGUGUUGAAUAUAUUUUCAUCUCCAAGCAUUUGUUUGAGACAGAUGUGCAAAAUAACAAGUUUAUUGAAUAUGGUGAAUAUAAAAACAACUACUAUGGCACAAGUAUAGACUCAGUUCGGUCUGUCCUAGCUAAAAACAAAGUUUGCUUGUUGGAUGUUCAACCUCAUACAGUGAAGCAUUUAAGGACACUGGAAUUUAAGCCCUAUGUGAUAUUUAUAAAGCCUCCAUCGAUAGAGCGUUUGAGGGAGACAAGAAAAAAUGCAAAGAUUAUUUCAAGUAGAGAUGACCAGGGUACUGCAAAGCCUUUUACAGAAGAAGACUUUCAAGAAAUGAUUAAAUCAGCGCAGAUAAUGGAAAGUCAGUAUGGUCAUCUCUUUGACAAAAUUAUAGUUAAUGAUGAUCUCACCAUGGCAUUCAAAGAACUAAAAACAACCUUUGACAAAUUGGAGACAGAGACUCAUUGGGUCCCAGUGAGCUGGUUACAUUCAUAACUAAGGGAAAUAGCCAUUGAUUGUAGAGUAAUGAUUAGAUCAGUUACCAUUUUGGUGGUAGGGUAUUUUAAAAAAAUCGAUAUAUCAGUCAUAGAUGUGCAAUCUUGGUUAAAAUUGAAUGUUGGUUUUGUUUUGUAUCUUUUUAUAGCCUUAUUUCAAACACAAUGUUUGAAUAUAAGAUCCAAAAUUGAAAUUUCAGUACUGUAUUCUGAGCAGUUUUGAACUUUCUGUCUUUACAUAUAGCUCUGUCUCUGAGAUGAGGUUGACCUUUUUAGAGACACAUAGCUAGAGAAUAAAUAUUAGAGAUCAGCUGAUCAGCCAUCAAGUCUGCUCAUUAGCACUUGCAAAGAAUCAAUUCAGCAGCCUUGAACAGCUCCAGGCAGACAGGACAGCUUUGCUAGGUUUUGGAUAGAUCAUCAUAUUCUAAAAUAUGCAAGCUUUUUCUUAUGGAUAUGCAGUACAGUAAGUCCUCAUUUAAUGUCAUUGAUAGUGGGUGUUUAAUAACCUAUAAGGAAACCAAUUUUACCAUAAGCUAAUUGAUAUUAGCAGGAGUUAAGUUCCUGUGGCAUCUCAUCAAUGUUAUAGUGAAACUUACGUUGAACAAAAGGGCAUUAUUUGAGGACCAGUGUGUGUAUUUAAAAAUCAUUCUUAAAAGAAUUAGUGAAAACCUAUCUUAUGGCCUUCUUGUUAUAGCUUAAGAGGACUUAUGAGUACAUAUCUGUACUCAAUACAUAUUUAAUAAGGGAAGAUAGGGUUAAAUUUUAUUAUAUGUGUAACCUAAAUUUUUACUUAUAGAAUUGAUUUUAAAAUGUUUAUAUCUUGAUGCAAGAAAUGAUUACAAAAGGACAUUUUUAUUUGUAUAUCCUUAGGUAUCAUUUCUAGAGUCACCAAAAAGUGUUUUGUUUUUCUAAUUGGCUUUGGAUUUUCCCGAAAAAUUUUAAGAAUGUGAUUCCUAUUCUAAAAGCAGGGGUUUGACAUAUUUCUGGUAUAGUUAAAGAAGAUACAGUUAAUGACAAAAAUGUUAUAUAUGCACAGUUUAUAACCAUAUAUUUAAAUUGUACAAAGAUGUACUUCAGAAAACUUGUCAUGUAUUGUUAACUUAUUUCUUCACCAAAAUAAUUCUUAACACUGGCCAGAUACUACCCUAAUCUUGCUAUUUUUAAAGAAUUUUUAAAAAGGCUGUUAUAAGUUUUUAGAUGGAACCUCUUAUUUUCUUUUACACUACUGAUCUCCAGCAAAUAAAUUAUAUAGCUCAAAAUAGUAGAAAUGUUCAUAAGUUAUAUUAGAAUAUGUCCUGUCAUUCUUGCAUGCAGUCAGAUCCUGCCAAUAAAAAAAAUCUUUGCAUCUGUGACUUUCAGCCAGAAAAAAAGAAAGGUUUUUGUUGAUUUAUAAAAGAGAGUUUAGAUGUCAUGUUUAAAGAAAAAUAGAAUGCAGUAAAAUUUUAUAUAUUUGUGAACUAUAUGAGGCAUAUUUUUAAUUAUUAAAUGGGGAUAUUCAGAAAAUAAAUUAUAUGUAUAGAUGGCAUAACUUAAAAUAGUAGUUUUAUAAGUCAGGGUCAGCAUUCCAUGUAAAUAUUUGACCUUUAUUCAUACACAGAUAGACUCACUAGUGUGUUAUAUGUGCACUGGACAUUUGGUAGCAUUAUUCACUGGAUUUCCUUCAGACAUGUCAGAUUUCAUUUUAGAAACAGAGAUAAAAUGAUCCUGACACACACACCAACAUAUUUAGAUAAUCAGACUAAGUAUCACUUAACAACAUAAUUCAAACAAUGAUUUCUAUGUUUAUUAACUAAAUAGUAAGCAAUAUACUUUUUAAAAAGAGGGGGAAGGAUUGCCAAAUCCAAUCCUAAAGCCAUACUCAAAAUUGUGUGCUGGUCAAGUCUUACUUAAAUGGUUUGACUAUUGAUAACAAUAUCCUAUACAAAGAGUAAUGGGAAAUAUAUAAUUUAGGCAAUCAUAUAAAUAAUUUGGCAAUUCAAGUUCUUUUUUCUGAAAUAUGUACAUGGAAUUUUUUUUUUAUUUGCAGAUAACUGUCUCAGUUCUUUACUGUGGGGGUAGAGAUAGUGUAAGAUGGUGGAGACUGAAUCCUUUUUCUUUUGGGGACUGGAGGUGUUAUAAAAAUGUAACUAUCCAAACCUUUCUUCUUUUUUAGACUAGAGUUAAAUAAUAUUUUUGAAAAUAGUGUAAAGGGAGUACUUGAGAAAUCCUUUAUCUAGGUAGUGUACAUGGUCUGACAGGUGAAGUUUACAUAGCCACUUGAUGCUUACAAAGGAUAUGGUUACAGUUUAAUAAGGCAGUGCCGGCUCCAAGGGGCUGGUUGAUAACUGUCACACAGGCUCUUGAUUCUGUACUGUCUGCACCCCAAACUCCUCCAGCAAGGAAGUGAUGGGCUGUGCACCUCACUGUACUAGUUCUUUAAGUAAUUUGCUCCCAAAACAGAGUGUCAGCCACUAUUUGAGAGAAGAGGAAUGUUUUUUAAAUCCAUAUAUUUAAUCCAAGAUCAAAAAGAUAUUUGUAUAUUCUCAUGAUUAAAAAUGAGAGUCAGUUAAAAAUAAAAAGGUGGAAUUGAAAUACAAUAUUUUACCAUUAUUUUACCUAUCAGUAGAUGUUUUUUAUUCUUUAAGGCUGACAUUCCUGGUAUUAUGUGUAUAUAUCUAAAUGAUAAUAAUUUAAAAUUGAUGAACAUGGAAACUUCUCAGAUUUAUAAAACAAUGUUGUUAAAAGAUUUCUGAAGAUAGAUUUUUAUUAUUUAUUUUCUUUUUGACUAGUAAAAAUUUAUAAAUAAAUGUAAUGGAAAACCUUUGAUCUUAAUAAAGUAUCUUCAAAUUA